AUUGAGGUCUACUUGUAUUCUGUUCUGAGAUUUCUGAGGCAUCCUUUCUCUCCUCCUUGGGCUUCAUUUUGGGGUUAUAACCCCCAAAUAUUCGCGUUCUGCUUUCUGUUCCCCAACCUGCAGGCUGAUUACAAAAUCAGAGAUGCUCUUGGGAAUCAGCCGUUGCACCGAGCUGCGAUCACGGGACAGGACGAUGGGCUUCGGUUCCUUGUGUCUGAUCUUGGGGUUGAGGUCGACGAAGGCGCCACUGACCUCGGUCUCACUGCCCUGCAUUACGCGGCAAAGGAAGAGGAGGAACAUCUGAGCACUUCGCUCUCUGGUCUAUUAAAUGUUGACUUUGAUAACAGCCAGCGCGAUGGAAAUCGCGUGGCUUCGACUUGCCGUGGGGCCACACACAACCUUCACCGAUGCUCUGCUUCCUCUGCCCACACAGCGCUGCACAUGGCUUCUGCGCGACAACACACACCCUGUGUGCAUUUCCUCCUGCAGGCAGGAUUAAAGGAUUCUCCAGACGAUGCCUGGACGUAUGCCAGGCAGCUGGCAAAGAAGACCGACCUUGUCCAACUCUUCGAAGACAACAGACUUUGUGGGAGUGAGCAUUAAAAAAAAAAAAAAAAACGCACAUCUUUCCAACUGUUUUCUGGUAUGAUUUGCAAGCAAAAGCUUUCUGGAGACUCUUUCCCAAAAGGCUGCAGGGGGAGGAGUCUGUUAGUUGAUAGGGGAAUUCUGGGAGUUGAAGUCCACACAUCUGAAAGGUUCUGAGGUGGAGAUUCACCGGCCCAGCGGGUAUGGCGUACUGUGUGGGAAUUCAUGCUUUAUUCAGCCCUCCAUAUUAAUAAGUCCUGCACAGCAUAAAUUUUGAUCACAGAACCAUGAGGAUUGUCAGGGUUCUGCCAGAUGCCCUAAUUCAAUGGUCGCUAACCUUUUUG